CGUUAUUUUUUUGUACCGUCGCCGCCGCCGCGUUUUACUUAGACAACAACUAGAGCAGGCUAAGACCAAGUAAAACUACAUCAACAAUUGAACACUGAAAUAAUAGCAACAGCAGCAACAAUCAGUGCAAAGGAGCGCCACUGCCUUGCCACCUCGACCAGCAGCAAAACGCCGCCAAAAUGCUUCCGUUCCGGCGUGGAGCGGCCUGGCAAACGCUCUUCCUGCUCUGCGCACUCGCAUAUUGCAUAAAUGAGGCCAGCAGCGAGGGUCGCGUCGUUUGCUAUUACACAAACUGGAGUGUCUAUCGUCCGGGCACGGCAAAGUUUAAUCCGCAGAAUAUUAAUCCAUACUUGUGUACACAUUUGGUCUACGCAUUCGGUGGAUUCACCAAAGACAAUCAAAUGAAACCCUUCGACAAGUAUCAGGAUAUUGAGCAGGGUGGCUAUGCAAAGUUCACCGGCCUCAAGACCUACAACAAGCAGCUGAAAACGAUGAUUGCCAUUGGUGGCUGGAACGAAGCCAGCUCUCGCUUCUCGCCGCUUGUGGCCAGCAACGAGCGACGCCAGCAGUUCAUCAAGAAUAUCCUCAAAUUUCUGCGACAGAAUCACUUUGAUGGCAUCGACCUGGACUGGGAGUAUCCGGCGCAUAGGGAGGGUGGCAAGUCGCGUGACCGCGACAAUUACGCCCAAUUUGUGCAAGAGCUGAGGGCAGAGUUUGAGCGCGAGGCCCAAAAGACGGGCCGGACUCGUCUGCUCCUGACCAUGGCCGUGCCAGCUGGCAUCGAGUACAUUGACAAGGGCUACGAUGUGCCCAAGCUGAACAAGUAUCUGGAUUGGUUCAAUGUCCUCACCUACGACUUUCACUCGUCGCACGAGCCAUCCGUCAACCAUCACGCACCGCUCUACUCGCUGGAGGAGGAUUCUGAGUACAACUACGAUGCAGAGCUGAAUAUUGAUUACUCCAUCAAGUACUAUCUGAAGGCGGGCGCCGAUCGGGACAAGCUUGUGCUGGGCAUUCCCACCUAUGGCCGCUCCUACACGCUGAUCAACGAGGAGAGCACGGAGCUGGGUGCACCUGCGGAGGGUCCCGGCGAGCAGGGUGAUGCCACUCGGGAGAAGGGCUAUCUGGCGUACUACGAGAUCUGUCAGACGCUCAAGGACGAUCCCGAAUGGACGGUGGUGCAGCCAAAUGCCAAUGUCAUGGGUCCCUAUGCCUACAGACGCAACCAGUGGGUGGGCUACGAUGACGAGGCGAUGGUACGCAAGAAGGCCGAGUAUGUGGUGGCCCAUGGCCUGGGCGGCAUCAUGUUCUGGGCCAUAGACAACGACGAUUUCCGUGGCACAUGCAACGGCAAGCCAUAUCCCCUGAUCGAGGCCGCCAAGGAGGCCAUGGUGGAUGCUCUUGGUCUGGGCAUCAACGAGGUGGCCAAGCCGAGUGGACCACAGAAACCAUCGCGUUCGCGCAGUCGCGAUAAUGCCGGACAGAAUAGGAACCGUCUGAAUGCCAAGACAGAGCCACCGACGCCGGCCAACUCGAGGCGCGGCUCCAGCGGUGGACGUCGCACCAGCACCAGCACAGCACCACCACCACCCAGCACCACCUUCAGGUUGACAGAGGCCGAGGGCUCAUCGCUGUACAUUGGAGGGCGAGGCUCGACCACGCCACCGCCACCGACCACACCCGAUCCGGGAUCGGACUUCAAGUGCGAGGAGGAGGGCUUCUUCCAACAUCCGCGGGACUGCAAAAAGUACUAUUGGUGCCUGGACAGCGGACCCUCGGGCCUGGGCAUUGUGGCCCAUCAGUUCACCUGCCCAUCGGGACUGUACUUCAAUCCGGCUGCGGACUCCUGUGACUUUGCCCGCAAUGUGCCAUGCAAGACCAAGAAAUCCACCACAGCAUCGCCGCCUGUGACUUCCACGACGACGACAACGACUACGGCGCGACCCAAUCGGGUGACAGCUGCACCACCUGCACGACCUAUCUAUGCACCACGCACCACCAGCAGCACCACCUCGACCACAACCACUGCAGCGCCAGCCGCUGAGGACGAAUUGGAGUACGAGGAGGAAGGGGGCAGCAGCCUCCUCACCGACGAAGAGCAGUCGCCAGGAGAAGAGGAUCCGCAGGUGAUCAAAGAGCUGAUCGAUCUCAUCCGCAAGGUGGGUGGCGUCGAGCAGCUGGAGAAGCAUUUGCUGCGCAACAAAGAUGGCUCCAUCACGCUCAAGGAGAACUCUGCCAGCGGUGCACCGACAACCCCAUCGACCAUCAGCAAGUCCCUCUACGAUCGCGUUCUCAGUCGCCCUGGCACACUCAACUCGUUCACGCGCAAUCGACUGAGGGUCAGCGAGACACCAGCAGCAGCUGCAGGUGCAACCCCAGAGACCCGCACCGAGAGCAGCUCGAACUCGAACUCAAACUACUCCAAGUACUCGUCGGUGUUGAGGGGCAACAGUCGCCAGGGUCCGCAGAAUGAGGGCAUCGAGAAGCUCACCGAGUUCGAUGGCUUCCUGAAAGAGCGCAAACAGUAUGUGACCAUCAAUCGGCAUCGUUCGUCCAGCCAAGGCGAGGCCGAGUCUGACUCCGAGUCUGAGGAAGCAGUCGAGGAGCAGUCUGAGGGGGAAACCACCACCCGACGACCCAUCAGUGCUGCAACGCCAUCGUACACCAGUCUGCGACGCGCGCGACCCUCCACCACAGCGACCCCAGCAGAAUUAUCUCAGGAACAGGAGGAGGAGGAAGAGGAGCAGUCACUCAGCCAAGUGAAGUCCUACACCAGCUUGAGCCGCCAGCGAGGACGCGGCACCAGCGAGAAGUCAGAGGCAACAACCACCAGAAGUAGCACGGCAACGGAGUCAACAACCAAUCGCUACAAAUAUUUGGAGCGUACAAGGCCCACGAAGAGCGGCAAUAGUGGUGUUGCAGCUGCCGCAGAGGAUGCUGCCGAGGAUGAUGACGAGGAGUACGAGGAUGAGCAGCAGCAAAAUGUUACGGUACAGAGCAAACAAAGUCUCACAGGCAACCAAAAUACACGUAAAUAUGCGAGCAUUGGUCGCAGUAGAACAACAACAACCACUACAGAAACAACACCAGAAACCACAACAACAACAACAACAACCACCAAAGGCACAGAGACUGCCAAGGCCAGCACCACCACCACCUACAACAACAGCAGCUACAAUGUGAAACAGAAUAACAACAAGAACAACAACAACAACAACAACCACCAAACAAUACCAACAGCAACAGCAGAAAGCACUACAACACCACCACCUCAACCUCAAUCACCGAGCACCACCACCACGCAACCAGAAACCACAACUAACGAAACCACUGAACCAAUUGAAAGCACCACAACAGCCAGCACUAACCAGCAUACCUCACCCAACACCCCCACAACCACAACCACACCCACACCUACACCUACACCUAUUUUAGGAUCCACCACCAACAGCAUUGACUCAGACUCUUUGGCAACCAUUGAGCCACUGGGCGAUGCCACUCCCACCAUCCCACUAGUCCUUGACGUUGUAAACAGUACGACAACAGAGCCCGAGCUGGGAACAACUACAACAACAACACCCACAACAACAACAGCAACAGUAACAAUCACUGGCAACACCGAACGCAAUGACGUGGACGUGGACGACAGUGACGACAGUGAGGUAACAAAAACCAAAACACAAUACACAAAGUAUGCAGCCACAAAUCGCAGACGUGUGACCACAACAACAACCACAACGCCGACAACAACAAACAACAAUUCAGAAGCUGCGAUCGAUGCUAGUCGAAACGGUUUGAAUAGCAUUAGCAACACUAACGUAAAUAGCAUUAGAACCAACUACUCUGGUAGAAGGCAACCACAAAGAACCACCACAAACACACAGACAACAACAGCCACAGAACCACAACCACUACCCACAACUAACCCGAAUAAUACGCUGGGUAGCGUAUCUAGUCCACGACCCUUUGGUUAUCCCAGACGGCGAACACGACCCACAGUCCCAAGCACCACUAGCACCACAACGAUAAACGAUAGCAACUCAAACGAUAACUCAAACGAUAACGCAAACUCAAACGAUAAACAGAUAACAGAUGCAGUUGUGAAUGUAGUGAAGAAGACACGACUAUCCCAAGUGGAUAGGCCCAAGAAUCGUUUUCAAUUGAGCCGCACCAGAGGCAGCAGCAGCAGAAACAGCACCACAGAAAGCGGCAUCAGCACCACAGCUGCAACACCAACAACGACACCGACACGUCGCUUUGCCUUUGGCAGCCGGCAGCGUACGCAGCAGGUAACUAAAUUAACCCAAGUCGAUGAUGACGAGCAGACUGAAGAGAAUGAACAGACUAAGGAUAGCCAAGAGUCGUCCCAAGAGGACACCACAACGGCAGCAACAAUUAAAACAACCACAACCAGCAACAGCAACACCUUCAGCAAGCCGACACCAAAGCGCAUACGCGUACUAAAAUUCCGACGACCCAUCAAUACAACAGAAAACAGCACAGCCACAAAUAGCGCCACUGAAAGCACAGAAAACCACACAAACAACAAUACAGUAAACCCCACACUAAACACCACAGAAACAACACCCACCACAGUAAACACCAACAAUAGCAAGCGUUUCCGUAAGAUUGUGCGUAAGCUUAGGCCCGUAGAAGCCAGCACCAGCAGCAGCCCGGCCAGUGGUGCUGAUGAGAGCACCGAAGAUGGCACCACCACCACACGUAAGCCCUUUUUACCCAGCCACACCCGAUUUGCAGGUGGCGAGAGCCAGGACAAUGAUCUACUGAAUCUGCGACAACGACUCAAGGAGCAGCAGGCCAAGGGCGAACCCCUUGAUGGGGUGCUGAGCACACGGCUGAAGCCAGCUUCGGGAUUGGCACAAAAGUCAGGGGCAGAGGAUCAGGAUAUCUCGGAGCUGCAGCGUUUGAGGGACAAGGUAAAGGCGGAACAGGCACGGGGCACUGGCGAACAGGGCGUGAUCAACGAUCGCCUAAAGAAGCUGCUGGCCGAGAAGUCAGAGAAAUCCGACAAGUCGGACAAGUCGGAGAUUGGCAGCAACAAUGAGCCAACACCAGCCACAGAGGUAUCGUCGCGGCCCUUCUUCAAGCGGAAGCUGGUGGCCAGAAGGCCCUACACACCAGCAGGAGGCGCCACCACCACCACGAAGGCACCACUCAGCUUUAAUAGCUCGCGACCCACACCGAAGUUUGUGCGUCGCAAGAACGGUCGCUUCGAUCCCUUCAACUCGAGUGUGCGCAACCGGGGCGAGGGUUUCGUGCGCAGCGAUCCGCGUGGAUCCCGUCUGCCCGGAGCCGACCGCUUUAAGAACCAAAAGGCAGAAAACGAGGAGGAGGCUGCGGAAUAUGAUGAUGAUGAUAAUGCGGAGGAGGAGCAGAGCGACGAGGCUGUAGAGGCGCAGCAGGAGCAGCCGCUGAACAAUCGCCCGCUGGGCGCUGGCGGUGUAGCCCUGAGAAGGCCUUUCGUGCCCAAAGCCCGAAACCAGCCACAGUCACAGAAGAGCCAGAAUGAGGAGAGCGAGGAGGAGGACGAAGAGGAGGAGGAAGAUGACGAGGAGGAUGAGGAGGAGGAGGACAACAACAAUGACAACAAAGAGGCCAAAUAUCAGACAGAAGAAGGCAGCAGCAGCGGAGGGGCCACGCCCAAGCCAAAGUUCAAUAAUCCCUACCGCCCCAAGGACAAUCGCGCGCUACCCGGCAGUCGUCCGAGUUUUGCACCUACCGCAGGUGGUUCCGGUCCCGGUACUGGUCCCGGCGGCAGCAAUGUGCCCUACAAUCCACGUGGUCGGCAGCCCAACUCCUCGACAGCGAAUGGCUCCGGCUCGGUCGCCGGCAGUCGCUUUGGUGGCAGCACCAAGCGGCCGCGCGUGGUCAAUCGACCGCCGGGCGUGGCCACGCCCAAUCUGACACUGCGGCCUGUGGCCAGCGACUAUGAGCGCACCACACCGCUGACACCGCUGAAGCCGGCACCGUUCAUACCCAGUAACACGAGGAGCUACGAGCGCAAGUACACGGGUCCCUCCACGGAGGCCACGGAAACGGCCAGCGAGAAUUCGCUGAUCGAGGAGCUGAACAUCGAUGCGUUGAAUGCCAGGAACAAGAAGAUCUUUGAUAUCAACAGCAAGAAGCACACGACACUCAAGCCGAAGGUGGUGAAGGUGGAGGCGGUGGAGACGGAAACGGAGGUGGAGACUGGCACUGAGAUGGAGACCACAGAGCAGGUGGCACAGGAACAGGAACAGGGCUAUGUGACAACCACACCAAGCACACCACCAACUACCACACAGCCAGACACCAGCACCAACAACACCACCACAGACACCACUCCAAGCAUAGAAACAGAUAACGAAACCACCGCACCACCACCACAGAUAUUACCACAGAAUCCACCACCCACCAACGACAAUGAGACCCACAAUGCUAAUGAAGCCCCCUCUUCACUCCCACAGGAUCUGACAUUGACAGGCGGAGCACAGCUCUCCACCAGCACCACCCAAUCACCGCCGCCGGCCACCACUUUGCUGCAUGUCUUCACCCUGCUCGAGGGCGAGGGUGAGGGCGAUGAGCAGGCGGCCUCCACCUCCACCAGCAGGCCACCAGCAAAGUCCUAUCCAGCCAGUGUGGGCCGCCAGACGAUUGCCGAGCCCAAGCACAAGCUGAUCGAGAUCAAUCGCAUUGUGGAGAUCAACUCGAAGCAGGCGAAGGCCGCUCAGCGCAAGUCCAAGGCCAAUCAGCAGGACUUUGGCAUGCUGCGGGUGGAGUCGCUGCCCCACGUGGAGCAGCUGGGCGAGAUCAGUGUGGUGAAGUAUGUGCAUCUGGUCGAUGGCAGCGCCAUUCAGAUCAACGAUGGCCACAGCACCGUUGCCGACUACACACCCACAGAGCCCACAGCCACAUCCGACUAUCGCAGCCUCUCGGCACCCGUGCGGAAUACGCUGCCACUCAGCGAGGCAGACACAGGGCCUGAGAGCGAGGUCGAACGCAGUGGCAAGUCCCUGCCGGAGGUGAUCAGUGGUGCAUUGGAGACAUCGACCAUAUCGCUGGAGGGCCUGUUCGAUUCGGCCCGCAAGGGCAAGCAGUUGAACAGCAACAGCAUACUGCAGGACACUGAGGAGACAACGACCAUGGAGAGUGAGACGACGGUGGUGCCACCCACAGCCGCUGCCAUUGCCGCACAGGCCACAUACGUAAGACCCAUUGUACCCCUACUGCGUCCCGAGUCCAACGAAUCCUCUCCCCUAGUCAUCUCGAUAGCCAAUCUCGAUAAAGUCAUACUGAGCAAGGUGCAGAAAUCGCUGGCCGAGUCAAAGGGUGCUGGUGCCGAAGAGGGCACCACCAUUGCCACCGAUGUUGAUGGCGAUGACGAUGCGGAUGCCACCACCACCACUUCCACCAUCACUAGCAACGAUUCGAAUUCGGCAUUCUCUGUUCGUCAUGCCUCAGUGCUUCAGGCGCCAAUAGACACUCAACACAAAACACAACAAAAACAACAAGAAACCACAAAAACAACUAAAACAACAACAACCACAAUUGACAGCAAUAAACAACAACUGCCGCUGGGCAGUGGCGCUAUUAGUGGACAAGACACAGCAACAACAACAAUUAACACUUAACAACAGCUGUCGAGCAACAACAACAAUAACAACAGUGGCAGCAGCAACACCACACAAACAACAACCACAACAGCAACAACGAAUAACAUGAUUGGCAGCAGCGUGAGCGAGAUAGUCAGCUUUAGCACAGAGACUCAUGUGGUGCAUCGCAAGAAGAAGGCGGGUCGCAAGGGGCGUGGCCGAAGGCUGCGCAAAAAAACAACAACAACCACAGCGGCCACAACCACAAGCACAACGACAGACGACGACACCACAGUGGUGCCGUUGGAGUAGAGCUUUCAAAUUGCCUGCCUUAAAACUCCCAGCCCUACCCCACACACACGUAGUUAGUUAUUUCUAGUCUUAUCCCCCCCAAGAGCCUGCCCCCCGCCCACAGCUCAUUGCUCUAGUGUUGCAAGGUACACAAGCUUGCUGCCACCCUGCCCCAUUGUAAAUAAUUGGCUGCGUUGCUUUUGUCUUUGAAAAAACAAAACCGCAAAAUUCUUUUGGAGCUGAUUUUUUUCCAAAUUUUCUAGUUUUUCUUAAUUUAAAAAACCAAAAUUGUCCAUUUUCAAGUGCUGCCUGCUUUCCAGAAUAAUAUUCUCUAUUUCUAUUUCUAUUUCAUUUCUAAACAUUUAUAUAUAUAUUUUUUUUAAUAUGUUGUUUAAACAAUUCGUAUUCUUCAAGCUGCCAUACCUAAACAAAAAUCAAACACAAACACACACACAUACACAUGUACUUACCAACACACACACACACACACAUUGAAACAUUCAAAUCCAUGCAGAUACGAAAAGUCUUUCCUUUGGUUCAAUCAA